AUGGUAAACAUUACAUCGGCCGAAGCUGGAAAAGGCAUCGCGGCUGCACUUCUGUCAAGGCAUCAUGACUGGCUGCUGUUCAUCAUCGAUAGCAAUGCGGAACACUGCAAGAAAAGACCAAAGCUAACUACUACCUUCACGUUUCCAAACGGUAGGAUAUGCACUGGAGCGUGGUUCCCAGGGUCUCGUCCUCGGAUUCCGACGUUCGUGGAAUAUGACCGUGUAUUUGUGUCUUCGAGGCAGACUCCUUUGCCGAUGAUGUACGCUGAGGUGCUUCUACAGUGGAAAGGACAUAUAGAUGUCGGGCGAACGUUGACAGCAACUCGUAAGUGA